CAACAAACAAAAGAAAAAAAAAAUGGGAUUACAAAGCCAACUGAGCGAUUGUUCUACGGAAUCGAUACCGAUCUUGGCGGUGGCGAUAAUCGCGAGUUUCGUUGGUUAUCUUCGGUCGCUGGCAUUGAAGAUGUUUGACUCGAUGGGACUGUCGGCCAACUGCUUUGAACCGGAAGAGGAGGGUUUGACUGAACUGGCCGAGCAGCUUCAAGUGAACCGGAUCUAUUCGCGGCGAUACGGUGGUGAACCGGGUCAGGGUGGGGAUUGCGUUUUCUGCUUGUCGAGUAUAAGAAGAGGGGAAGUGGUGCGCACGUUAGCCUGCCGGCACGUGUUCCACAAGCGGUGCUUGGAUGGGUGGCUGGAAAGUUUUAAGUUCAGCUGUCCGCUUUGUCGGUCGGCGGUUAACACACAAGGGGGGCGCGUGGAAUGAGAUUUCGCCGUGUUUUUUUACAUGCGGUCGUCUUUCUCGUCAACAGCUACCAACUCUUUUUCUUUUCUUUUUUCUUUUUCUUUUUUUUUUUUUUUUUAUUUAUUUAGCUGUUGAUCCAGUUUAUUAUAUAAAUAUAUGACUCACACUCCUUUGUUUUUGGAGUAUAGGGAACAUAUAUAACUCUUUCUUAACUUUU